ACGCAUCCUCGGUCUGGCCAUGAAGUGCUGGCUUCCCAGAUCCGUGGUGCAAGAUAAAGAGCUGGCUUCCCAGAUCCGUGGUGCAAGAUGAAGAGUGAAUCCUAAACACCAUUCUAUCGGCAGUAUUGUCCCACGCAUCCGCGGUCUGUGGCGACGAAGAGUUGAUUUCUCGGGCCCCCAGUGCAAGACUUCAGCCCGAAAAUUGAGCUCGGAAGAUUGAAUCCGAAACACCACUCGAUCAGUUUGUCUAGCGCAAUAUUAUUAGAUCUAACAAUAGAUCAAACACUCGCAUAGAUCUGGAUAUUAUUUCGCUAUUAUCUGGAUAGAUGUAAUUAUAAACUAGCGGAGGUUACAUGGUCGAGGAGACAUUUGACCUGUUUCUGGAAAGAAGUGGUUCUGCAGCAGACAACAAUGCAGGUGUACACAUAUGGUGUGUUGGUGACCAUACUUGUUGUGGCAGUUCUACUACAUCAAGUACAGACUAGCCAUGGUACUGAUACAGGUUGGAUGACGUGUCCUUCUGGUCCACAUGGAAUAGAGUAUACAUAUUAUGUUGAUGUUGCAAAGACGUUUAAUGAGUCAGUGAAUUAUUGCAAGAGUAUGGGAAAUGACAGCAAGCUAGCUACUCCACGCAAUGCCAUGGAGAAUCAAUGUAUUAACCAGACUAAACCAAGUAAUACAACUACCUGGAUUGGAAUUCGGUCACUCCAGCCUUAUCCCUAUCUCACCUGGAUCACUGAAGAUGAUGGACGUCCUAUCAACUUUUCACAUUGGACUGUUGGAGAGCCUAACUCUAAUGAGUAUGUCCAACAACUGUGCGUAACAAUGUGGUUUAAACCAAGCCACAAUACAUAUGGGUCUCGAUGGGAUGACAGAGAAUGCAGCCAUCCACUUGAAUUUGUUUGCCAAAGACAACUACCAACAACAACGGUGAUGACUACAACACCCACUACUACACCAACUACCACACCAACUACUACACCAACUACUACACCAACUACUACACCGACUACCACACCAACUACUACACCGACUACCACACCAACUACCACACCGACUACUGCACCCACUACUACACCAACUAACACACCAACUACCACACCAACUACUACACCAACUACCACACCAACAACUAUGUCGACUACUACACCGACUACUACUCCUACUGCAAUACCAACAACCAAUGUACCAGGGACCAUAGUGACUGCCACGCCGAGAACUAAGCCUAGUACUACCACAGUAAUGCCAUUGACAUUAUCAGCAAUAAUCCUCACUAGUACUAGGACACCGCUAGUGGCAUCCGUGUCUUCAUCAUCACUGCCCUACCCAGCAUCAACUGGCAUUAGCACAUCUGCAAGCACUUCAAGCAGUCCAAGCCAGUUUAUCCUCGUUGUAGCAAUAUCGUCAGUAGUAGUAUGUUGUGUUUUCGUUAACAUUGUCACUUUGGCUGUUGUUGGCCGGCGACGAAAGAAAAGAUUGGCUGUAACUACCACCGACGACGGUCACUCAGGUACACUACAACAAUGUCAAAGUCAGCGUCACGAAAAUGCAGCCCCCAGUGAUUAUCCAAGUCUGGAGCUAUAUGAACCCAUGGACCGAGUGACAAGAAAUGCGUACACAACCAUUCCGACGGUGUUUACCUCACUACCGAUUGCUGGGAAUAUUGGAAUGGACCAAGAUUCUACAGAAGAGGCGGCAACCACCACAGUACUGGGUUUUGGGGACAGCAUGUCGCAUGGGAAAUCAGGCAAUGUCGGAGGAAAUCUGCUUCUAGAGGAUGUGCCAGCAUGUGGUAGAGCUGCUACUGCCCAUAGAGAUACAUGUAGUUCCACCAUGACCUCCAGCAAUUGUGCAGAGCAAGACGAUGAUGAAGACUCCUACGCUGCAAUGACCGACGGCGCAAGGGCUGGUGAUGGUGCACUGGGCGCAUCUAACGGCGACACUGGCGUAUGCUAUUGCGCAAGGGGUGAGUUUACAGCCUGUGGUGAACAAGCGUUCGGCGGGGAGUACAUCAACGCUGCGUCAAUUCUCGCCAAUAACUGCGCUUCCCAUACGAAACCCCUAGUGCCCACUACAGCUCUCGAUGCCAAUAGCAGUACUUGUAAUGGAUCACGGGGAAAUUGUGAUGGUUUGGCCGUAGCUCUCCAUCCGCCUCUACAGGAAGAUGAUAUCUACCAAGACAUGCAGUGUUCCAACAACGACGAAGUGUACAUCAAUCAACACCUCCCAGUAAAAGUGCCAUGAUUAAUACCAUGAAGCUCAUACAAGCAACCAUCAAAUGCAGCCAUGUACGAAAACCACAAUGCCAAUAGAUACCACAUCUGACCUUAUGUUCUCCUUAUGUUCGCAUCAUCCCAUCCGGAGCUGUAGCUUUGUUCAUGACACUGUCUCGUUUUGUUCUUUCUCUGAAUUUUCUUUUAGUGUUCUUGCUCAUUUUCAUGAUGCUGUUUUGUGCUUUUCUUUGAAACAUGGUUUCCGACUAACCAGCCACUCCGGACUGCGGACAUCUAGACAGUAUGCCUGUAGCUCUCACUUCACCUUCACCAGAAUUUAGGUGAUCUCUAUCACAGCAUUGAGUCUUUCAAUGCCUUCGACGUGUACACUAAUCAACACCUCCCAGUAACAGUUCCAUGAAUAAUCAUUAAUGCCAUGCAGCUCACAACCGAAUCCAUCCAAAAAAUCCAUGCACGCACACAGCAACGCCAGCAGAUGUCAUGUUCAUUUUGACCAUAAUGUUCUCCUUUUGGUGGCAUGGCAUUCAGAAUCAGAAUGCUUGGCCAUUGGUCCAUCAUGCUUUCCGUUUUCAUUCCUUCUCUGGAUUUGCCUUGGUGUUCUUACUCAUACUAUCAUGGUCAUAAAAUAGACUCAUAUUGUUGUUUUCUUGUUUUGUGAUUUUCCCUCGGGUCCCCUGAUAGCAUUUGUUUUUCUUUGAGUUUUGUUUGCAUUUGAGUCCAUACAAAUAUCCUGAUUUCUGGAUCAGCUUUUAAAAAGAUGCUGUUCCAAUAAU